GUUACUAUACUACUUAAGAGUAAGACCACCACACCCCCUGCUCCACUUCGAAGUUCGAGCUCAGAGCAAGACACACACUAGCAGACGCCAUGGCCUCCCCUAAGCUCUUCCUUCUCCUCAUCAGUGUCAUCAUCUCCAUGGCAAUCACUAGUACUCCGGCGGCUGCGGCAAAUGGUCGCAUACAUCUCAUCAUGGUGAACAACUGCGCCGAGUCGGUGUGGCCGGCCAUGCUCGGCACCACCGGCCACGCCACGCCGCAGUCGGGCGGCUUCCACCUCGGCCCCGGCGAAGAGACCACCUUCGACGUGCCGGUAGGGUGGUCGGGGCGGGUGUGGCCGCGCCGGGGCUGCUCCUUCGACGCGCGCGGCAUGGGCAAGUGCGCCACGGGCGACUGCGGCGGCGUGCUGCGGUGCGGGGGCGCCCCGGGCGCCACCCCGACCACCGUGGUGGAGAUGACGCUGGGGACUCCACAGUCGCCGAUGCACUUCUACGACGUGAGCCUGGUGGACGGGUUCAACGCGCCGGUUUCCAUGACGCCGGUCGGUGGCGGCCGCGGGUGCGGCGUGGCGGCGUGCGGGGCGGACCUGAACGUCUGCUGCCCGUCGGCGCUGGAGGUGAGGGACCGGGAAGGGAGGGUGGCCGGUUGCCGGAGCGCGUGCCUGGCGAUGGGCAGCGACAAGUACUGCUGCACCGGGGAGUACGGGACGCCGGCGGCGUGCAAGCCCACUAUCUUCUCGCACCUGUUCAAGGCCAUCUGCCCCAGGGCCUACAGCUACGCCUUCGACGACGCCUCAAGCCUCAACCGCUGCAAGGCCAACCGAUACCUCAUCACAUUCUGCCCACCACAACCUGAAUGAUGCAUCGCUAUCAAUCACCAUGUACUUAUAUUUCUGAAUCCAAAACCUGAGUGAACUGUGUAGCUACAUGGAGUAUAUGAUACUAUAGUAUGAGGGUGUUUUGGGGUGUUAUUUUGGCUUA